AUGCUUGUGGUCCUCACGAAACGGAGCCGCCCGCUCCAUACGGGUGAUGGAGAGUGCGACCACAUCCUUUCAUGGGUGGAGGCGUGCAUUUCCUCCGACACCCUGGCCCUCAAGGACCUGAGCAUGGACGCCCCGGAUGAUGUUGUGCUGCGCCUAGCGAAGCUGGCUCUCAGCUGCACUGUCGAGCGCAGUGCAGAUCGGCCAACCAUGGCAGGCAUUGCCAACGAGCUGCUUGCUAUCAGGAAUGAGGUGAUGGGAAUAGAGGAGCUGGGUGCAGCACUUAAGGUGGACAUGCAAGCCCAAAAGAUGGAAUCUGCAAUUUCUAGUGAGAAAGGCAUGGACGCUAGGCCUCCUGCUUGGAAGUUCUUAUCAAAAGCGGCCAGCCACUGGAGUAAGGUUUUAAGCGGUAGAAACUACUGA